UUGCCCAUCAUUGGUGCCAGCAAAAGCUUCCCCGCACAAGCCGGGCUGCCAUUGGCCAGGACGACUGCCAAUAACUAAGUGGUUGCUGAUUUGGCUCUCUUGCUUCGUAGAUGUCAAAGGCUGAAGCUGCUCCCUUUGCCACAUUAUAACUAGUAGGGGAUCUACACCAACCAUGGCCACAGCUGCCUCUAAUCCCUACAGCAUUCUCAGUUCCAGCUCCUUGGUCCAUGCAGACUCUGCAGGCAUGCAGCAAGGGAGUCCUUUCCGAAAUCCUCAAAAACUUCUCCAAAGUGAUUACUUGCAGGGUGUUCCUAGCAAUGGGCAUCCCCUCGGACACCACUGGGUGACCAGCCUCAGUGACGGGAGUCCCUGGUCCUCCACCCUGGCGGGCAGCCCUCUAGACCAGCAGGACGUGAAGCCAGGGCGAGAAGAUCUUCAACUUGGCGCCAUCAUCCAUCACAGGUCGCCUCACGUUCCCCACCACUCACCUCAUACAAACCACCCCAAUGCCUGGGGAGCCAGCCCGGCUCAUAACUCCUCGCUAACGUCCAGUGGGCAGCCCAUGAAUGUCUACUCCCAGCCUGGCUUCACGGUCAGUGGCAUGCUGGAGCACGGGGGUCUCACCCCGCCUCCCACCUCGGGCCCGACCCAGGGGCUGCACCCUGUGCUGAGGGACACAGCUGAGCACGGAGACUUGGGGGCCCAUCACUGCCAGGACCACUCGGAUGAAGAGACCCCAACGUCGGACGAGUUGGAGCAGUUCGCCAAGCAGUUCAAACAAAGGCGCAUCAAGUUGGGCUUCACGCAGGCGGACGUGGGCUUGGCGCUGGGCACCCUCUAUGGCAACGUCUUCUCGCAGACCACCAUCUGCAGGUUCGAAGCACUGCAGCUGAGCUUCAAGAACAUGUGCAAGCUGAAGCCCCUGCUGAACAAGUGGCUGGAGGAGGCUGACUCGUCCACCGGGAGCCCCACGAGCAUUGACAAGAUCGCAGCCCAGGGCCGGAAGAGGAAGAAGAGAACUUCCAUAGAGGUGAGUGUCAAGGGGGUCCUGGAGACGCACUUUCUUAAGUGCCCCAAGCCUGCAGCCCAAGAGAUCUCGUCCCUGGCCGACAGCCUGCAGUUAGAGAAGGAAGUGGUGCGGGUCUGGUUCUGUAAUCGAAGACAGAAAGAGAAGAGGAUGACCCCGCCCGGGGAGCAGCCCCCAGGGCCGCCGCCGCCGCCGCCGCCGCCGCCCGGGCCCCAGGGGCCGCCGCCGCCCGGGCCGCCGCACGAGGUCUACGGCCACGCGGUGAAGACGGACGCGUCGCGCCACGAUCUGUGA